AGAAGCUCAUGCGCAGGCAGGAGGGCGGGGCGGGGCUGGAGGCUGGGGUGCCGCCUCCUCUGCAUCUCCGGUGCCAGAGUAUUAGAACCGAGGGCCCGAAAGGGUCCCCGCGGCUGCCGCGAUGCAGAAAUACGAGAAACUGGAGAAGAUUGGGGAAGGCACCUACGGAACAGUGUUCAAGGCCAAAAACCGGGAGACUCAUGAGAUCGUGGCCCUGAAACGGGUGAGGCUGGAUGAUGAUGAUGAGGGAGUGCCGAGUUCUGCCCUUCGGGAAAUCUGCCUGCUCAAAGAGCUGAAGCACAAGAACAUUGUCAGGCUUCAUGACGUCCUGCAUAGCGACAAGAAGCUGACUUUGGUUUUUGAGUUCUGUGACCAGGACCUUAAGAAAUAUUUUGACAGCUGCAAUGGUGACCUAGAUCCUGAAAUUGUGAAGUCAUUCCUCUUCCAGCUGCUGAAAGGCCUGGGAUUUUGUCACAGCCGAAACGUGCUGCACAGGGACCUGAAGCCCCAGAACCUGCUCAUAAACAGGAAUGGGGAGCUGAAACUGGCUGAUUUUGGGCUGGCUCGAGCCUUUGGGAUCCCUGUUCGCUGUUACUCCGCUGAGGUGGUCACGCUGUGGUACCGCCCACCGGAUGUCCUCUUUGGGGCCAAGCUGUACUCCACGUCCAUUGACAUGUGGUCAGCCGGCUGCAUUUUUGCAGAGCUGGCCAAUGCAGGGCGGCCUCUCUUCCCUGGCAACGAUGUAGAUGACCAGUUGAAGAGGAUCUUCCGACUUCUGGGGACACCGACUGAGGAGCAGUGGCCCGCCAUGACCAAGCUGCCAGACUAUAAGCCCUACCCGAUGUACCCAGCCACAACAUCCUUGGUGAACGUCGUACCCAAGCUCAACGCCACAGGCAGGGACCUGCUGCAGAACCUCCUGAAGUGCAACCCCGUCCAGCGCAUCUCGGCAGAGGAGGCCCUGCAGCACCCCUACUUCUCUGACUUCUGCCCCCCCUAGGCUCUCAGACCCUGGCUGCCAGGCUGGGGCCUGGUCUAUUUCAGCCCCCUCCCGGGAGGGGAAAAAAAAAGCAAGGACGCACCAUGUGCUGAGCCCCAGCUGUGCUGGGCCCACCAGGGUGGAGGCGCCCUCCCCUGGGUUCUCUCUCCCUCCACGGACUUUAUUUAAUUUCAUAAAUUGGCUCCUUUCCCACAGUCUGGCUGGUGUGGUGGUGGGUGGCUCUGAGAGAGGGUGGGCUUGGCCAGGGGCCCCUGCUCUGCUUCACCACUCUGCACCCCUGCUUCCAGCUGGAACACAGCCCAGCUGUCCCGUCCCGCUGUACUUCUUUAAGUGGCCUGAGGCUGGAGGCUGGAGGCUGUGACUCUCACCCCUGUGGCUGGACUCUGGGUAGUGCUGUGCCCACACCUGUCUGUGCUCAGGCACUUGUGCACACCCUGUUUUCUGCCUGGGAGGGCCUUAGACGGUCCUGAGGGAUUGGGCAGCCAGUGCCUGUCCCUUCCCUCUUCAUCCCCACCCCCAUACCUAGGCCUGCAGGCUGAGACAGGAGACACCCACAGAUGUGGUUAGAUCAGGAACACCUCUCCCUGCUCCUCUUAUUUGUCAGUUUUCUAAUAUUUGGGGUGCAGAGAAGGAGCACAGGAAAGUGAGCUGGGGCUGGGGACUGGGUGUGUCCUUAUUAGCACAUGUGGGAAGGGAGGGCCCUCUCACCAUCUCAAGCUGGGGCCUCUGCUGUUGUAGGGAGGUUGGGGAAGCAAGAGCUGUUCUCAUGGAGACAGAGCACGCUUGGUCCCAAAUGUGAGAAAAAUAACCAUGAUCUAAGGCAGGACAAUAGGUUUGUUCAUGGAGGUGGAAGAGACCCUCUGUCUUCUCCUUGCCUGCUCCCCAACUUCUUGCCAGGCUCUGGGUCAGAGCCUCCUCCCAGCCAUUCCCUUAUAGUCCCCCAGACGGGACUGUCCUGCCACUGACUCCUCUCUGCCCGCACACCUGGCUUCGGGCUCCGUUUUCUGAGAUGUCAGGCUGAUAAACUCAUUCCCACUGAGGUGCAA